CCUCCUCAAUUCCACACCAUUUCUCUCGCUUUCCUUUCUUCCUCUCUAUUCCUGUUUUUUUCAUUGGGGUUUCUGACGCAGUAUUAUCCUCAUGAAGCUUGCCAUCCACUUCCAGCCUCUCAUCCUGCUCUUUUGCUUCCUGCUUUCACUCGGAGCAUCCAACUCCGGCUUUAAUGAGUCGCUUGAUGUCUCUUUACAGGCGCCUCCUUUAAAUCAGAUCCACAGCAGAGUGUCAUGCCCUUCUGGUUGGAGUGGAAAUCAUAGUAACACAAGGUGUUUCAAGUUUGUUGCCAGCAAUGAAUCAUGGGAUGAGUCUGAGAAGCAAUGCACAUCUUAUGAUGGGCAUCUGGCAGCAGUAACAUCACUGCAAGAACUAUCUGUGCUUCAAAAGUUAUGUAGUGAAAAUUCGGAGGCAUGCUGGGUUGGUGGGAGAGUAAUCAACGAAUACUGGAAAUGGUCUGACAAUACAUCCUACUGGAAUGAAUCAAUCAGUCCAAUCCACUCUGGUUGCACCAAUCAGUCUUGCUUUAGCAAUAACUUGACAGAUUUUUGCACAUUGAUGAUUAAUGGAACUGCAUCUCUUGUGGCUCAAAGAUGUAACAUGUCACAUGCAUUCUUAUGCAUGCUUGAUAUGGAAAAUAAAUGUCAUGGUAUGCACUGCCACCAGGAAUAUCUAAUCAUUCUUGCUGCUGUCAGUGGACUCAUCUUUUGCACUACUCUUGCUGUUGUAUUAUGGCUUCUUAUAUAUAGACGUAAUAAAAGGCGUAAAAGAUCUCGCAAACUGUCUAAUCCAGCAGAAUUGGCAUUAGUUCCUCCAUCAUGGAAAGUUUUUACUCGUGAGGAACUAAAGUCCAUUACAAAGAAUUUUAGUGAGGGAAACCGUCUUCUUGGUGAUGCCAAAACGGGGGGCACAUAUAGUGGCCUUCUACCUGAUGGGUCAAGGGUAGCAGUUAAAAGGUUGAAGAGAUCUAGCUUUCAGAGGAAAAAGGAGUUUUACUCUGAGAUAGGGAGGGUUGCAAGAUUGCAUCAUCCAAACUUAGUGGCUAUUAAAGGAUGUUGUUAUGAUCAUGGCGAUCGUUAUAUUGUCUAUGAGUUUAUCGUGAAUGGACCUUUAGACAGAUGGCUGCACCAUCUUCCCAGAGGGGGAAGGACAUUGGAUUGGGCCAUGAGAAUGAAAGUUGCUACUAGUCUGGCUCAAGGAAUUGCGUUCCUCCAUGACAAGGUGAAGCCACAGGUGGUGCAUCGGGAUAUUCGUGCAGCUAACGUACUUCUUGGUGAGGACUUUAGUGCCCAUCUUAUGGGAGUUGGUCUAUCGAAGUUUGUUCCUUGGGAGGUCAUGCAUGAGAGGAGGGUAAUGGCAGGCGGCACUCAUGGAUAUCUUGCUCCAGAGUUUGUCUAUAGAAAUGAGCUUACGACAAAAAGUGAUGUUUACAGCUUUGGGGUUCUUUUGCUUGAAAUUGUUAGCGGGCGCAGACCAGCACAAGCUGUUGAUUCUGUAGGUUGGCAGAGCAUAUUUGAGUGGGCUACACCAUUGGUGCAGUCUCAUUGCUAUCUGGAGCUCUUGGAUCCUCUAAUAUCAUCAUCUUCUUCUUCUGUAAUCCCAGAAGCUGGAACUGUCCAGAAAGUAGUGGAUCUUGUAUAUUCUUGCACACAGCAUGUUCCAUCUAUGCGCCCCAGAAUGUCGCAUGUUGUCCACCAGCUACAGCAGUUAGCACAGCCACCCUCUUUGAAAUAAGCUUUAUCAUUGUAAUGAAUUAGGAGUUCAAUUCAAGAGGAAAAAUUGGUUGCUGCUGUUAUGAAGUCGUAGACCAUUAACCUGUUUGACUUCACACAGUUCUGCUACCUGUUUAUAGGAACUUAGAGCAAUAUGAUGAUGGUGGUCAUUUUUUAUUAAGGCCCUGAUUGGUAUAUCACAAAGAACAAGGAUUUAUGUGA